UUGCUCGCUUCGCCUCUGGCCAAGUUGGCAGUGAACCGAAAGCUCCUAGAGCCUCGGACCUUACCGCGCUCAAUUGCGCCUCAUGGGCAGUUACCUGAGCAAGCCUGGCCCGCCGCAGCCGGCCCGCACCCAAGAGAGCCGGGACCUGCGGGAGAAGCCCAGCCGCCGCCCAGCUGCCUGCUCCCCGCCGCCUACUGCCCCUGCCCAUCGCGUGCAACACGUUCACCCUGCUCUCCCCGCUCCUCCUCUUCGCAGGCGCCCCAGGAGGCCUUCCUCCCGGGACCCUGGGGCUCUGCCAGACUGCUUCGUAAUAACACCUCGAAGGCGCUAUCCGACCCAGCAGGCCCAGUACUCGCUCGUGGGCGUGCUUCCCACCGUGUGCUGGGAUGGUUGUCCCAAGAAGGCUGUGCUCUCUGCUCGAAAUUCCAAGAUGGUGUGCGGCGGUCCAGGCACCGUGAGAAUCGCGCCUCCUGACAGCAAAGUGAUGCGUUCUCCAGUGCCAGCGCAGGUCACCCACUCAGUGCUGCCCUUGCCGUCAGCUAAGGCUGCAGACCCGAAGGCCAGUGGACUGAAUGUCCUCCAAGAGAGGAAGAAAAGAGCCGUGGGCAAGGAAGACCCGGUAUUCCUGGAUGGCCUGCAGAAUAAGAGAAGGUGCCAUGACAGCAAUGGCAGUGGACACCCCACAGCGGCGCCCCAGGUGGCCAAUGGAGCCCUUGCUGCUGGGGUGCCUAAGCCUGGGUCUCUGAAGAGAGGUCUCAGUUCCCAAAACUCGCAUGACCCCUCGAUAAAAAGACCUUGCCCCUCUGCCUUGGCAACCACGUACACGGGAGGCAUCCCCAGCUCCCGCCGCAACGCCAUCACCAGCUCCUACAGUUCCACCCAAGGCCUCUCGCAGCCGCACAAGAGGAGUGGGCCCUCUUCAUCCUCCUCCUCCAGCUCUGCCUCCUCCCACCCGCAGAUGCCAAAGAGGCCCGAGAAGAAAACAAGGCAACAGCAGCUGCGCGCUCCUUGCGGUUUGGCGCCUCCCAAGGCUUCUCAGGGGGGAAGGGUUGCAGAGCCACCCAAGAGUAAGACAGAAAAGGGAUGGAAGUGCCCAUCUCCCCCUGACGUUUCCAGUAGGCGCAAACGCAAGAUUCAGCUGCUGCCCUGCAGGCGAGGGGAGCCGCUGACCUUGCCUCCUGCGCCGCAGCUCGGCUACCCCAUCAGUGCGGAAGAAUACGACAAGGAAAAGAGAGCGGCGUUCCAACGGCUCAACAGGCUCUUGGAAGACAAGACGGAAUCGGCAGGAGUGGCGAAGGCCGUGGCCCCUUCGCCUGCAAAGACACCUGACCUUCUAGCUCCUGUCGGCGCAUCUCAGCCAGCGAUCUUUCCAGGUACAUUUUCAGACUCCAAAGCCCCAGCCCCUUUCCCGGGGCUGAUCCCCGCUUCUGCCAUGACACUAGUCCCUGGUACAGGAAAGUCCCCUCCAGCUUCUCAGGCAGAGACAUCUGCCAAAAGCCCCAUCUCCGCCUGCCCCAGCCCCGGCCACCCUGCCAAGACCACUGGAACGUCCUCCCUAACUGUCACGCCCAACUGUGGCAUCCCAGGGCCACCUGCACCUGUCAUGCCCUUGGCCACUCCCCACUCCUUCAAGCACAACAUUGCUCCAGCCCCAACCCACCCUGUCUUUGCUGGGCAAGCCUCUGCCACCUCCUCUGUGGCUUGUGUCACCACAGCCAGUACCACCACAGACUCGGCUUUGAAGCCUGCUUUUGGCUUUGGUGGCAGGGGUGUGCCCAGCACCCAGAGCAAUGCGACUGGCACCACUGCCUCCACUACAGCAAAGCCUUUCCUCUUCGGGGCUCCCCCUGCCUCAGGAGCCAGCUUUGCCCCAACUGAGGGCUCCACAGUCCAGUUUGGCAAGCCUCCUGCCAUGCCAGCCUCAGCCACAGUCACCACCUUUGGCCAGUCCUCCUCCAGAGCUGCCCAGUUGGCCACUAGCAACACUGCCCACUUUGGUGGUUUGGGCAGCACCCUCACAACCUCAGCUCCGGUCACCCCCAGCCAGCCUCCACUGAUGGUCCCUAAAACAGCCCCUGCAGCAUUCAACAAGCCCUGUGGCUCAAGCACCAAGCCCCCUCUCCCAUCGUACCCAGGGGCCAACCCCCAGGCCAAGUGUGGGGCCAUGGAUAGGCAGCAGCAGAAGGCUGCCAAGCUAGCCCUUGCCCCCAGCUUUGGCAGCUCUCUCACUUUGGGGAACAUUGCAGCCCCGGCUCCAACAGCAACACAGGCGCUGGCUCGCACUCAGCCAGCUUUGGGUAGUGCCCCCCAGUUGUCUUUGGGUGGUUUGAAAUCCACAACAGCUGCCUUUAGUACCCCUGCAAACACCAAGCCAGCCUGUAGAAGUACCACAGCGGGCUCCUCCCUGGGUGCAGUCACCCAAAGCACCAGCAGUGGGACCAGCAGCACCCCCUUCACGUUUGGGGGACCAGCGGCCUGGGUUGGCAGUGGAGGCCCCAAGCCCCGGGGGGCCACCCAAGUCGCCACCUCCACUGCUGAAAUGUUUAGCUUCAGGUCUAGACAGAGUGGGACCACAGGUAAUGCCUCCUCCUCUGGGGGGACCUUGAGUCAGAAGAGCCUGGCUGCACCCAGCCAGGACCCAGGGGUCCUCAACAUGGCCAGCGCCCACGGGAGCAAGCCUGUAGUUGGAGGCACUUCUACACUCACCUUUGCUCAGAACACCCCUGCCCCAGCACUAGGCACAGUGGGUGGCAGCCUUUCCUUUGGGGUGUCCUCAACGUCUACCCAUGGUCUUGCUAGAAUUGGAUCUUUCGGGUCAGAAGCCCCUUCCUUCUCCAUUGGUGCAGCACCCAAGACCCCAGGGGCUCGGCAGCGACUGCAGGCUCGACGGCAGCAGCCUCGCAAGAAAUAG